GACUGUGGCAUGGACUACGAGCGGCCUAACGUGGAGACCAUUAAGUGUGUAGUGGUUGGGGACAACGCUGUGGGGAAGACCAGACUGAUCUGUGCCAGGGCUUGCAACACUACCCUCACCCAGUACCAACUUCUGGCUACACAUGUACCCACCGUCUGGGCCAUAGACCAGUACCGAGUCUGUCAGGAGGUACUAGAACGUUCAAGGGAUGUGGUCGAUGAUGUCAGCGUUUCUCUGCGCCUAUGGGACACAUUCGGAGACCACCAUAAAGACAGACGCUUUGCCUAUGGCAGGUCAGACGUGGUGGUUUUAUGUUUCUCAAUUGCAAACCCCAACUCUUUGUACCAUGUCAAGACCAUGUGGUAUCUCGAGAUAAAGCAUUUCUGCCCACGCACUCCCGUCAUCCUGGUGGGCUGCCAGCUGGAUCUGAGAUAUGCUGACCUGGAGGCUGUUAACAGAGCUAGAAGGCCUCUGGCAAGGCCUAUAAAACCAGGAGACAUCCUGCCACCAGAAAGUGGAAGAGAGGUUGCUAAGGAGCUGGGCAUCCCUUACUACGAGACCAGUGUCUUCGACCAGUUUGGCGUUAAAGACAUCUUUGACAAUGCUAUCCGUGCUGCGCUCAUCUCACGACGACACCUGCAGUUUUGGAAGUCCCAUCUCCGCAAGGUUCAGAAACCCCUCCUCCAGGCGCCGUUCCUUCCUCCCAAAGUGCCCCCGCCUCUCAUCAAGAUCCCCGAGGUCGUCCCCAGAGACCGUUCUAAGGGAGCCCGCCUGCUGUUGGAGAGCCCGCUCUGUGCCGAUGUUCUGUUCAUCCUCCAAGACCACAUCCAUGUCUUUGCACACAAGAUAUACCUUUCAACGUCAUCGUCAAAGUUUUAUGACCUCUUUCAGAUGGAUUUCUCAGAUGAGUCUCAGUGUUUGGUGGUGACGGAGCGACAUGGUAGGGAUCACCUGAUGAGGACCCUCAGUCUCGAUACAGAGGAGGAGGUGGCAGUGAUACCUGACUUGUCUCCAUGUUCACUGAGAGCAUCCAAGAGUGACGGUACCCUGCGGAUGAUGAGUUUCAGCGGAAAACACCGUCGCACCAAGCUAUCACUGGCCUCAUGGAGUAAAGCCUUUUACAGCAUCCAUAAAGAAAGUGUGCCAAAUCCUGUCACCGGCAUCCCAGCACCCAUGACUGUGGUCAAGAUGGACUAUUCCAUCCAGCUGGGCCCUUUCAGUGCUGUGCUCAGGUUUCUGUACACAGGAGAGCUGGAUGAGAAGGAGAAAGAUCUAAUGAAGAUUGCUCAGAUUGCUGAGAUCCUGGAGGUGUUUGACCUGAGGAUGAUGGUGGAGAACAUUAUGAACAAAGAGGGCUUCAUGAAUCAGGAAAUCACUAAGGCCUUCCACGUCCGCAAGGCCAAUCGCAUCAAGGAGUGUUUAGCCAAAAAUACAUUCACAGACGUGACAUUUCGAAUGGAUGACGGCACCAUCAAUGCUCACAAGCCUUUGCUGAUCUCCAGCUGUGAUUGGAUGGCUGCUUUGUUUGGAGGAUCCUUCAUGGAGAGUGCCAACAAUGAGGUGGCGUUUCCCAACACCAGCCAUGUGUGCCUGCAGGCCGUAUUAGAGUACCUGUACACCAACACACUUGCCCCAACACAUGACCUCGACCCCAUGGAGCUCAGCGCCCUUGCCAACAGACUGUGCCUUCCUCGACUUAUAGCACUCACAGAGCAGUAUGCUGUCAACGAACUGGUCAGAGCCUCUAAAGAGGGCCAGGACAUCGAUGGAGAAGUGCUGAACUAUCUAGAGCUGUCUCAGUUCCACAAUGCCAGCCAGCUGGCGGCUUGGUGCUUACAUCACAUCUGCACGCAUUACAACAGUGUGUGCGCUAACUACCGCAAAGAGAUCAAGUCCAAAUCGCCAGAGAACCAGGAUUAUUUCGAGAAGCAUCGCUGGCCCCCAGUGUGGUAUCUGAAAGAGGAGGACCACUACCAACGGGCCAAGAAGGAGCGGGAGAAAGAGGACGUAGUCAUGAACAAGCAUCAGUCACGCCGCCGAUGGUGCUUCUGGAGCUCCUCCCCAACUGUAGCUUAA